UUCAGAAGUGUUCUUCCACGUGAUUAUGCCUAAAGGAACUGAUAUCAUGGACACAGCGAUGACAGUUGUCAGUGAAGUUGCUGGAGUCCUUCCAACACACCGUCAGUGCUCCAUUCAGAUCACAAAUAAAUGCUCAAACUACACCCUGUCUUUCCCCAGUCUACACAUGAACAGUGGUUGGUGCGUGGAGAUGCUGCCACCCACAAUCGACCCCUCUUCAGUUGGGAAGGGACUGUUCAGCAAGACUGCCGACACUGCUCGAGGAGCUGUUGGCAUCUUCACCUACGAUGUCCUCAACAAAUCUACAAAGGAGUCCACUGAGAAAAUAGCUGUCAUGUUCUCCGUGCCCUAUGACUUCAACUUGUUUUCAAACUGGUUUGCAGUGGGAAUCUUUGACAAGGAAACACAGUGUGAUCAUGAUCUGUAUCAUAACAUGUACAACAACCAAGAAAACACAUUUGCCAGAAAGAAAGGAGGCUGUUGUCUCAGUUACAAGAGUGAUCAAAUUACCAUCUUGGCUACAAUGUCAGACUCUUUCCAACCUGAUAUGAAGGUUGAAGUAAGUGACAGCUGAAAUAAGAGAAUUAAAUAGUGCUAAGAUGUAGCGCAAACCUGGAGCUACUUAAUACCACAUUUGUGCAAUUUGAACUGUAUUCUGCUUUGCUUUUCAUUGAAUGAAUAAUUUUCUCUUGUAAUUUGCCUCAGAGCAUGAAGAAUCCGUAAUGACUUCUGUGCUAUAGAA